GAGAGAGAGAGAGAGAGAGAGAGAGAGAGAGUGAGACAGGACAUGAACGGAAGGGAGACAGAAAACACAGAAAAGGACAGCUUUACGCACGCGGAGCGUCUGUUUGGGCGCGAAACAAAGUAACGCUAACCGGAUAAUAAACACUAAUUCCCUUUUCCCCCUCCUUGGACAUGUUUCCGCUGCCGGAGAGCGCUGUUUAGAUUGUGUUGUGGGAAGAGGAGGAUGGUCUCUGUGCUGUAGAAAGCUUGUGUUAUCUCUUUCAAUUUUUUUUCGGCUCUGGAAAUCACUGGAAGUUCAUCUGCUUGACGUUUUUAUGAGGAGACGUUCAAUGCAAAUGCGGUAGGUGACUCCUGGCUUCGGUUCAACUACUAAACAACACUUGAAACACAGCUCUCUCUCUCUCUUUUUUUUCCUCCCACAUUGUGUAGCGGGCUGGCUGUGUUGUGUGUACUCUGAGCGCCGCUGAAAUGUGAGACACUGGGGAAGUCGAUACAUGACAAACCGCUGCAUCCAGCUGUUUCAUUCGCCGCUAUCGUAACCUUUCGCUGACACCGUUUGGAUUGGAUAUGCCGAGCAAACUUUUUAAGAAUGAAGAGAAGAAAAUUCCCGUAGCACGCCUCUGUUUUCUGGUUCCAUCGCCGCUGUCUGCUCAAGUGGAUCUGUGGGAAGGGUGUUAUUAUUUGAGUCUUUUUCAAAAGCUUCAUCAUUUCCAUGUUGAGAAGACAGGAGAGCUGACAUGCGUCUGGAACGGGGAUACAGUGUGGUGACCCAUUGCGAUUAAUACAAAGUUGUGAAAUUUGCCUAAUAACCGAGCUGAGAGUGAAUGAUAAAGACAUCCGGCGCUGGUAGGGAAGCGACCGUAUAGUGCCUGCUGCUUGUGCGCCGUGAACAGCCGCUCUCAGCCCGCUGUGAAGCAGUUCCGUGGACUCCAGUUUGUUCGUCGGGUGGGAAACGCGCUCCGGAGCCGAUAUGGAGGAGUGGAGACAAUGCGGGCGGUGGUUGAUAGACUGCAAGGUCCUGCCCCCGAACCACCGAGUCGUGUGGCCCUCGGCGGCCGUCUUCGACUUGGCACAGGCCCUGCGAGAUGGGGUGCUCUUGUGCCAGAUGUUGCACAACCUCUCGCCGGGAUCAGUGGACCUGAAGGAGAUCAAUUUCAGACCCCAGAUGUCACAGUUCUUGUGUUUGAAGAACAUCCGGACGUUUCUCAAGGUUUGCCACGACAAGUUCGGCCUGCGCAACAGCGAGCUGUUCGACCCUUUUGACCUCUUCGAUGUGCGGGACUUCGGCAAGGUAAUCUCCGCUCUGUCGAGAAUCUCCCACCACAGCAUUGCACAAAUCAAAGGCAUCAGGCCCUUUCCGUCAGAGGACACAGCUCUCAAUGAGGAUGAUGUGUACCGGAGCCUUGAGGAGCUGGCAGAUGAGCAUGACUUGGGCGAGGAUGACAUCUACGACUGUGUGCCGUGUGAGGACGACGGGGAUGACAUCUACGAGGACAUCAUUAAGGUGGAAGUACGACAACCCAUGAAAAUGGGUAUGACAGAAGAUGACAAGAGAAAUUGCUGCUUAGUGGAGAUCCAAGAGACUGAGGCCAAGUACUACAAGACUUUAGAGGACAUUGAAAAGAAUUACAUGAUCCCUUUGAAGCAUGUCUUGAGUCCACAGGACAUGGAGGCUAUCUUUGUCAAUCUCGAGGAUGUCAUCAAAGUCCACUUUGCCCUCCUGCGAGCCAUCGACUUGAACAUGGUUAGUGGAGGAAGUGGCCUGGGAAAGAUCUUUCUUGACUUCAAGGAAAGGUUAUUGAUCUAUGGCCAGUACUGCAGCCACAUGGAGAACGCCCAGAAGACACUGGAUGAGCUAAUAGCAACACGCGAAGACAUUAGGAUUAAAGUGGAGGAAUGUACUAUGAAAGUGCAGGAAGGCAAGUUCAAGCUGCAGGACCUUCUGGUGGUUCCCAUGCAGAGGGUGCUGAAGUAUCACCUACUACUGAAGGAACUUUUGACUCGCUCAACUGACCGACCAGAGAGACAACAACUCAAAGAGGCUCUGGAGGCUAUGCAGGACCUGGCCAUGUACAUCAACGAAGUCAAGAGGGACAACGAGACACUGAAGAAAAUCAGUGAAUUCCAAAGUUCUAUAGAAAAUCUUCAGCAGGUGAAACUGGAAGAAUACGGCAGGCCAAAGAUAGACGGAGAGCUGAAGGUUUGUUCCAUCGUCAACCGAACAAAACAGGACCGGUAUAUAUUCCUGUUUGAUAAAGUGGUCAUUGUCUGCAAGAGGAAAGGCUAUAGCUAUGAGCUCAGAGAGAUUAUUGAACUGCAGAUGUAUAAAAUGUCAGACGACCCCAUGAACAACAGAGACAUGAAAAAGUCAAGUGGAAAAAUGUGGUCCUAUGGUUUCUACCUGAUCCACCUGCAAGGGAAGCAGGGCUUCCAGUUCUUUUGUAAAACUGAGGAGACGAAGAGGAAGUGGAUGGAGCAGUUCGAUAUGGCCAUGUCCAACAUCAAGCCAGAGAGAGCCACAGCCAAUCAGCAUAACUUCCAGAUGCACACAUUUGAUAAGAACACAAACUGUCGAGCCUGCAAGAUGUUGCUGAGGGGCAUCUUCUAUCAGGGCUACUUCUGCUCUCGCUGUGGAACAGGAGCACACAAAGAGUGUCUGGAAGUGAUCACCAUCUGCAAAAUUAAUCCUCAUGACUUGGAACCUGGAAUGUCAUCAGGUCCCAAGAUGGUGGCAGUGAGGAACUACCACGGCACACCAGCACCUCCAGGGAAGACGCCUCUCUGUUUUCAAACAGGAGAUUUUAUAGAGCUGCUAAAGGGAGAUCCUGACACCACGUGGUGGGAGGGAAAGCUGAUACAAACACAAAAGAGUGGCUUUUUCCCCAGUUCAUGUGUAAAACCUUGUUUGGACCCAAAGCCCUUCCCGUCAUUAUCUAGCCGGCAGUCCUCAAGGGAAGCAGACUACUAUGGAUAUCCUUGGUUUGCAGGGAACAUGGAGCGCCAGCAGGCCGACAACCUCUUAAAAUCUCACAGCAGUGGGACCUACCUUAUCAGAGAGAGGACAGCUGAGGCAGAGCGGUUUGCCAUCAGCAUCAAAUUCAAUGAUGAAGUGAAACACAUCAAAGUCAUUGAAAAAGACAGCUGGAUUCACAUCACUGAGGCCAAGAAGUUUGAGAGUCUUUUGGAGCUGGUGGAGUACUAUCAGACCCAUUCACUCAAAGAAAGCUUCAAGUUGUUAGAUACCACAUUGCGAUAUCCCUACAAAUCGAGAGAACGCUCGCUAACACGGGCCAGCACACGCUCACCAGGCCACUGACUCUCCUGACUCAUCCGGAGAGGAAUGGAGGGAGGCCAGGAGGGAAGGGGGCAGAGAAGGAGACAAGCAGUGUGAAAUAGAUAAAGAGAGAAAGACAAAGAGGAAGAGUUUGUCAGCUAACUCAGAGGCCUAUGGACUGGCUGUCUGAAUUGGCUGCCCUCUCUGUCCAUUAGAGUGUAUGAAUACUGGCUGUGGCUCUGCACUGGCUUCUGUCCUGCACUGGCCUGCCUUUAUUCACUCCACAGGAAGACCCAGUUGGCCAUUACAGCAUGAUUAUUUCCCCCCUGUUUUGGCUUAAUUUGGAAACGGAUGGACACAAUUGAGUAUAUGCUGAUGAUGAUGUGCUCUCGCUCUUUGUCUGUAUACGUUGGCACUUUUGAUAUUUUUGUAGCUGCGGCCACGUCGCGCCCAGGGCUGCACACGGAGACAGUGGUUGGAUUAGAAACGAUUUAUUAUGAUUAAGAAGCAUCUAUGAUCAUACAGUGUAGUAUCAGGGAGUUUGUUGAGGGCUGAUUACAAUCAUGGCCAAUCACAUCAGCUCCUCUGUUCUCUUUAAAAGCAGUGCUUUCUGCGCUAUUGUGUAGUCUCCUCAUGCCUUUACAUCAGUGCAUUAACUGACAGUUCCCACAAUGAUCUUGUUUACAAUCCAAAAUAAUUGUAGUUCUGUUAAUAACAGAUUCUUGUUUUGAGUGAAAUCAUGACACAAAAAUUGUGAAGAUUAAAAUAAUGAGAGCAGAGCCCACUCUUCAAAUGACAGACAGAACUUCAAUACACUUGGCUUUCCCUUGUUUCUUUUUUUUUAUUCUCUGCUUCUCUGGCUUGAGCUCUGCAUGCUCCUCAAAACAAUUUCUAGCUUUAUUUCCUUCUCUUUCUCUCUCUCUCUCUCCUCUCAGCAGCCACCUGCGCCUCCUACAACUUCUCCUUCCUCAGUCCACAGGGCCUCAACUUCUCCUCUUCUCAGAGCUCAGCUCCCUUUUGGUCAGGUACUCUCUCUCUUUCUCUCUCUCUUUCUGUACUCGCUCAUGUUGUCUCUCUGCACCCCGUCGCCUCUAAUU